ACUGAGAGAGAGGGGGAAGCGGACUCCUGCUGAGCAGGAACCCGAUGGGGGUGCUCAGUAGCAGGACCCUGAGAUCCUGACCUGAGCUGACGUCAGACGCUUAACCCGCUCCAGAAGCUUAUAAACGACAGUUUCUCAUUUUAUUCAGAAAGGAGACCUAUCAGAUGGGAUAUUAUCUCCAUCUAAAGGAUGAUACAGAAGCCCUGCACUUUUCUCCCCUGGCUCGGGAGACGCCACCCAGGACGGCACCGAUGUCCUCGAGCCCUCUGGGAAGUGAAGUCCUUCCGCCGGGACCCCCGACCCGGCGCGGUCGCCUCCAAGUGCGCAGAUGCGACUCCAGACGGAGCCUCGGGCUCGAGCCUUUUGUUUCCCCGCAGCUCCGCGGGCCCGGAAAGGGACUCCGUCCGCCCCUCCCGUCUCUCCCAGAGCGCAGCCCCGCGGGGACCUGCCCUGUGGCCGGAGCGGAGUCCGCACUGUGUCCAGAAAGAGAGCUUCAGAGUAGAGUUGAAUGGUUUACACAAAGAAGCAGAUUAUGUAUUGCUGAAAAACCCGUGUUUAUCUCUCAUCUGAAACCGUGACUAAAGAGGAAGUCAUAGCAGUAACAGGACAAAAAAGAGAAGCUCAUCAUGGAUUAUCUGACCAUUGAAGCUGAGGAAGAAGUCCUUCCAGCCAUUACUACAGAGGAUGCUUCUCUGCCCCAAAAAGCGAACACAGAAGAAAUGGAACCUACUGUUGGACUCCUUCCUGUGGAGUUCCAGGAAUUGGUGACAGUCAAGGAUGAGGAAAUGGACUUAACUCAGGUGGAAGAAGAACAGCUGAAUUCUGCCCAAAGGUACAUGGGCAUGGAUAUGAAAGUGGAGAAUUGUGGGAGCCUGGUAUUUUGGGAUUCCGAAUCUAUACCUGAAGCUAAAGAAUCCUUUUCAAAGCAGGGACUUUAUGAAGAAGAGUCACCUGAAAGAGAGCUGAUCAUGGAGAGACUUAAAAAGGAUGAGUCCUGGGACUCCAGAUUGAUGGAAGCCUGGCAAUGUGAAGGCACAUUAGAAAGACAGCAAGGAAAUCAGAAGAAAGAUUUAAGGCAAGUCGUAAUUAAAUGCAAGAAAAACUCUGUGGAGAAUUGUAAUCAAACUGGGGAAAGCUCAAACCCAAUUAAACAUCACAACAUUUACUUAGUGAAAAAGCCUUGGAAGUGCAAUGAAUGUGGGAAGUCCUUCAGUUACUACUCAGCCUUUAUUCUACAUCAGAGAAUUCAUACUGGAGAGAAACCUUAUGUUUGUAAAGAGUGUGGGAAAGCCUUCAGCCGGAGCUCAUCACUUAUUCAGCAUCAGAGAAUCCACACUGGAGAGAAACCCUAUGAGUGUAACGAGUGUGGGAAGGCCUUCAGUCAUCGAUCAGCCCUCAUUCAACAUCAUAUCAUUCAUACUGGAGAAAAGCCCUAUGAGUGCAAUGAAUGUGGGAAGGCCUUCAACCAAAGCACAUAUCUAAUUCAACAUCACAGAAUCCACACUGGAGAGAAACCCUAUAAAUGCAAGGAAUGUGGAAAAGCUUUCAAUGAUACCUCAUCCCUUAUUAAACAUCAGAGGGUUCAUACUGGAGAAAAACCUUAUGGAUGUACAGAAUGUGGGAAAGCCUUUAGUGACAGGUCAGGCCUCACUCAACAUCAGAGAAUUCAUACAGGGGAAAAGCCCUAUGAAUGCAGUGAAUGUGGGAAAGCUUUCAGCUACUGUUCAGCUCUUAUUCAACAUCAAGGAACCCAUACUGGGGAGAAACCUUACAAAUGUAACGAAUGUGGGAAAGCCUUCAGUGAUCGCUCAGCUCUUGUAAGACAUCAGAGAAUUCAUACUGGUGAGAAACCUUACAAAUGUAAAGAAUGCAAGAAGGCCUUCAGCCAGAGCUCAUCUCUUACAAAGCAUCUGAGAACUCAUACUGGAGAGAAACCAUAUAAAUGCAAUGAUUGUGACAGAGCUUUCAGCCAGAGUUCAUCUCUUAUUCAACACCAGAAAACCCAUACAGGAGAAAAACACUACAAAUGUAAGAAAUGUGAGAAAACCUUCAGGGUGCAUUCAGCCUUUCAUCAACAUAAAGAAAUUCAUGAUGAAUAGAAUGCAGUAAAUUAUUAAAAUAAUUAUGUAGUCUCUGGGAACCCAGGUGGCUCGGUAGAGCAUGCAACUCUUGAUCUGUGGGUUGUGCGUUCAAGCCCCAUGUCAGGCAUAGAGUUGACUUAAAAAAGAAAAGAAAGGCUGAAAAUUAUGUAUUCUCUCCUUAUUGUUCAGACCUGUUCUAAUUACAAGGUAUACUACAAAAACAUAUGAGGCUGUGUAAUGCAGAAAGAUAGCUCUCUUCCUUGAAAGGUUAUUAGUUAUGGGAAGAGGACAAGAGGUACAGUAACAAACCCCAGAAAGUGAAGCAGUGAAGAGAAAUCCUAGAGAAACACAAGAGAAAGUCUGGUUUAGUCAGAGAAACAGCCUUAGGAGCUAAGCAUCUGAUAUCAGUAGAAAAACUAAUCACACCGGAUGUCUGGGUGGCUCAGCGGUUGAGCACCUGCCUUCAGCCCAGGGCGUGAUCCUAGUGUCCCAGGAUCGAGUCCCACAUCGGGCUCCCUGCAUGGAGGCUGCUUUUCCCUUUGCCUGUGUCUCUGCCUCUAUCUGUGUCUCUCAUGAAUAAAUAAAUAAAUAAAAUCUUAAAAAAAACUAAUCAGAGGAGCAGACUGAACAGUACUCGAGGCUAAGCCUAUUUUUUUUUUAAAUAUUUAUUCAUGAGACACACACACACACACACACACACACACACACACAGAGGCGCAGAGACACAGGCAGAGGGAGAAGCAGGCUCCAUGCAGGGAACCCGAUGUGGGACUUGGCGCUAAACCGCUGAGCCACCUGGGCUGUCAGAGGCUAAUUGCUCUGUAAAUAGUAGUUUCAACCUGAAGCCAGGUGGGGAGGAUCAGGAUCCUAAAAAGGAAAAUCACCAGGAAGUUUCUCUAGGGAAAUAAAGAGAAAAAAAUUCUAAGUGUAGGAAAUCCUCCUUUUCUCUGUCCCUACACACCACUUGUUCACUUGCAAACAUUUACACUGGAGUUUAUUAACCCUGGAUGUACACAGAAAUCUGAGAAGCUUUGAAAAAAAGUACCUGGGUCCCAGCACCAGAGAUUCAGAUUAAAUGUGGACUAGGGUGCAGCCUCGACAUCAGGAAUUUAAAAAUUCCUCAGGUUCCAAUAUGCAGCCAAAAUUAGGAACCACUGAUUUAGGCUCUUUCUGCACAAGGAUCAACUCAGUAAAGUAGGAGCACUACAGGCAAUUGAAAGGAUAAUAGUGGGGAUCCCUGGGUGGCGCAGCGGUUUGGUGCCUGCCUUUGGCCCAGGGCGCAAUCCUAGAGACCCUGGAUCGAAUCCCACGUCGGGCUCCCGGUGCAUGGGGCCUGCUUCUCCCUCUGCCUGUGUCUCUGCCUCUCUCUCUCUCUCUCUGUGUGACUAUCAUAAAUUAAAAAAAAAAAAAAAGGAUAAUAGUGAUCUACCUCAGCUCUCAGGAGCUCUUGGUGUCCUUGUUUCUGUCUUUUCUUUCUCUUUCUAAUUAUAUAAUGUCAUCUUUUCUUUUACCUGACUUUGGAUCCUUUUGUUUGGACCUUUUAAAAUUUUUUUCUGACUUGGUGUGAAUUGUGCUGCCUGAUACUAACUUCUGUUAGUAUCUGCUCUGGCCCUCACCCUUGCUAAUGUGCUCCUUUAAGCUUGGCUACAGCUUUCUCAACCACUUCUGCUUACGAGGAUCAUAUAUUGUGUUUGCUACCCAUGGCCCAAAGGUGGCAAAUAUUAAUCAAAAGAAACAAGAGGAAGACCAGAAAUCAGGAGUGGAGACAGAGUGACUGGGAGGGAACAUCAAAGAGUUAAACUUUUGACUCCAACUGUAUAAUUGCUAUCUCACAAUUUCCUGAAAUUAGAAUAUAAUUUAGUUGUGUGUACUAAUUAAUACUGAAUUUGAAGGGAUGUAAGUGGAAGAAAGGUAAGUAAAAAGUGUUUCUACAUUGAAUAUGACAAAGAGGGGUGGGUGCCUGGAUGGCUCAGUUGGUUAAUCAUCUGCCUUCGACUCAGGUCAUGAUCUCUGAGUCCUGUGAUAGAACCCUGAGUAGGGCUUCUUGCUCACUGAGGAGUCUGCUUCUCUCAUUCUCUCCCUCUGCCCCCCUCCCCUACUUGUUCUCUGUCAAAUAAGUAAAAUCUUAAAAAAAAAAA